CAUGACACACGGAGAUGUAGCUAGCUAGCUUAGCUUAGCUAGCCAUUCCACCGGUUGCAAUGGCACCCAUGCUCCUCUUCGCUGCACUCAUGUUAGCCUCACUAUCCGAAGCAGCGGCUGACGAUGGGAUCGGCGGCCAGUCAGGUUUUGUGAGCAUCGACUGCGGCAGGGAGGCCAACUACAGCGACUACAAGGACCCCAAGACCGGCAUCGUCUACGUCUCCGACGAGCCGUACAUCGACGCCGGCGCAGGGGAGAAUCACCGGAUCUCCGCCACUGCCACGGCCACCGCCGCCGACAGCUACCUCCUCCAGACGCUCCGGAGCUUCCCCUCCGGCCCGCGCAACUGCUACGCGCUCCCCACCGUCGCCGGGACCAAGUACCUGGUCCGGCUGGGGUUCCUGUACGGCAACUACGACGGCGAGAACAGCUCGUCGUCGUCGGCGUCGUCGCUGCGGUUCGAUCUGCAUCUCGGUGCGCAACGCUGGGCCACCGUGGACGACGUGGUUGUGCAGACCGGCGGGAUUAGCCGGAUGUACGAGGUGGUGUUCAUGGGGUGGGCGAGGUGGGCGCCGGCGUGCCUGGUGAACGUCGGCGGCGGCACGCCGUUCGUGUCGUCGGUGGAGCUGAGGCCGAUCGACGACGAGCUUUACCCGUCCGUCAAGACCAGCGAGUCGCUGUCUUUGUUUAAACGGUCGGAUAUGGGGGCGGACACUACUACUCUUACCCGGUACCCUGCCGAUGAGCACGACCGCAUCUGGAAAGGGACUGGAAACCCAGGAUCGACAGACAUUUCCACCCAAGAAAAAAUCCAGUCGGAGAACAGCUUCGAGGUGCCCCUCCCUGUUCUUCAGACAGCGAUCACGACGCCCGGUGGCAACGACACGACGCUCACCGUGGCAUGGCAAGACACCAGGUCGUCGAGCGAAUACAUGGUGUUCCUUCACUUCGCCGACUUUCAGAAGAUUCAGCCCAGGCAGUUCAAUGUCACACUCAACGACAUCCCGAUCGGAUCCAAUGGCCGGUCGCUCAUGUUCAGCCCUUCGCCCCUGGACUCUUCCUCUGUAUACAGCUCCGAUGGGUACAGAGCUGAUGAUGGCAAUUACAACCUCGUCCUCAGGAGAACAGCUGCCUCGGCGCUGCCUCCGAUGCUCAAUGCGAUGGAGAUCUAUACUGUCAUCACACAUGAUAGUCCAAGGACAUUCCACAAAGACUUUGACGCAAUCAUGGACAUUAAAUAUGAGUAUGGGAUCAAGAAAAACUGGAUGGGUGAUCCGUGUUUCCCGUCCGAAUUUAUUUGGGAUGGCAUCAAAUGCAGCACUGCAGGUGAUGAUAACACUUCAAGAAUAAUAUCACUUGAUCUCUCCCAGAGCAACUUGCAAGGGGUGGUAUCUAUUAACUUCACUUUUCUCACCGCGCUCAACUAUUUAAAUUUGUCAGGUAACCAACUGAAUGGGCCAGUUCCAGACUCGCUCUGUAAAAAUAUUGCAGGAUUAUACAUUUUCAGUUACACGUCUGACGGAGAUAUCUGCAACAAUAGAACCUCUUCGUCUCGGUCAACAAACAGAUCAACAACUAUCUUAGCAAUUUCAAUAGUUACUCCCGUAUUGGCAGUGGCUAUACUUCUUGCAUUUCUUCUCUGGAGAGCAAAAGGAAAGCACAACGUUUCUACAUUUGAUCCUCCCAGAGUACCGGAUCCCAAGAAAGCUCCAGGAAGUACAACAGAUCACUGGAGCCAUUUGCCAAUAAAUGGAAGUCGCCAAUUCACAUAUGAGGAACUGAAGAAUUUUACUCUUAACUUUCAACGGUUUAUUGGACAAGGAGGUUUUGGACAUGUGUAUUAUGGUUGUUUAGAAGAUGGCUCUGAGGUUGCUGUCAAGAUGCGAUCCGAAUCAUCAUUGCAUGGGCUUGAUGAGUUUUUAGCUGAGGUCCAGAGCUUGACAAAGGUGCAUCACAGAAAUCUAGUUUCUUUGGUUGGAUACUGCUGGGAAGAGCACUAUUUAGCACUGGUCUAUGAGUACAUGCCUAGUGGCAGUCUAUGUGAUCAUCUGAGAGGUAAACGUGAUGUUGGUGAAACCUUGAACUGGGCAAAACGUGUGCGAAUCAUGCUUGAAGCUGCACAAGGCCUGGAAUACCUACACAAGGGUUGCAAUUUGCCAAUAAUUCACGGGGAUGUGAAAACCAAUAAUGUUCUCUUGGGUGAAAAUCUGAAAGCUAAACUAGCGGAUUUUGGGCUCUCUAAAAUGUAUAUUAGUGACUCGCAGACUCACAUAUCAGUCACCGCAGCUGGAACAGUGGGUUACAUUGACCCAGAGUACUAUCAGACCGGACGGCUAACUGAGAGCAGUGAUGUUUAUAGCUUUGGUGUUGUUCUACUGGAGGUAGUCACCGGUGAGCUUCCGAUACUAGCUGGCCAUGGUCACAUCGUCCAGCGUGUGGAACGUAAGGUUACCUCCGGUAGUAUCGGCUUAGUUGCCGAUGCACGGCUUAAUGAUUCCUACGACAUUAGCUCUAUGUGGAAGGUGGUGGAUACCGCAAUGCUGUGCACAACAGAUGUUGCUAUUCAAAGGCCAACUAUGUCCACCGUUGUUUUACAGUUGAAGGAAUGCCUUGCAUUGGAAGAAGCUCGUGAGGAUAGGAAUAGGGCAGGCCCAACAAAUGAUGCCGUGGAUGUGGUAUCCACAUUUGGUCCAUCGGCAAGAUGAACUAAGAAGCUGGAUAUAUAUGUACAUAGAUGUGGUAUUUAUUUUUUGGUUCAACAUGUGUUUUGGUGAAGUGUUUGUCAUAUUAAGGCAUGAUAUUUAGAGAUGAUAUUUAGAGAAAAUAUGUAGUGCAAACAUAAAAACUAUUAUAGGAUUCAGAAAAGGGCGUCUGAUAUUUGUCUAUGUUACCAUCAGUAAAAAUUUACUCCGAGAAAAAUUAGACGUGGACAUCCUUUUUAGAUCCUAUAGUAGUUUCAGGUUUGCAGUACAUAUUUUCUUGAUAUUUA